AUGGCAUCGUCUUCACUCCCCGACAGCUACGCCGCCCUUGACCUCCCAACCCUCCAGCUCUUUCAUCAUCCUGAAUCCUCCAAAGAAGUCACCCCCGUCAUAGUCAUCAAGCUUCACCGUCCCGAAGCUCGCAAUGCUUUCACCGAUACCAUGGCUGGAAACCUCGCCCACGCGCUGAAUACACUCUCCGGUGACCCUCGUGUUCGCGCUAUAGUCCUCACUUCCUCAGACCCAAAGAACCGAAUGUACUGCGCCGGCAUGGACUUCAAUGAGGAGCACGCCUUGGGAAAAGAUGCCGCCGACCAUCGCGACUCGGGUGGUAUUGUCACUCUGCCUAUGUACCGCUGUAAUAAGCCCGUCAUCGUCGCUAUCAACGGCUCCGCUGUGGGUGUGGGCAUCACCAUGACUCUGGGUGCCAACAUUCGCGUUGUGAGUCGCGACGCCCAAAUCGGCUUUGUAUUUGGUCGCCGCGGCUUCAGUAUGGAGGCAUGCAGCAGCUUCUUCCUCCCGCGUCUCAUAGGAACUAGUCGCGCUCUGCACCUCACCACCACCGGCGGCGUCUACCCAUCCACACAUCGACUCUUUGACGGACUUUUCACUGAGAUUGUCGCCCCAGAGGAGGUUUUGCCUACAGCUCUAAAGAUCGCUGAUGGGAUCGCGACCAACGUAAGUGGUGUUUCUGCGCGUGUGAUGAAGGACAUGAUUUACAGGGGAGUAUCAUCGCCUGAGGAGGCGCAUCUUCUCGAGAGCAAGAUAUUCUGGGAUUUGUUUACGGGUAAGGAUGCUAAGGAGGGAAUGAAGAGUUUCCUGGAAAAGAGGAACCCAGAUUUCACAGGGACCAUGGAGAAGAAUGCGCCCAAGGCUUGGCCUUGGUGGACGCCAGUUGAUAUUGCCAGACCGAAGCUGUAA